UGUUCAUCGACUAGUGCAAAACCGGGAGGGGUCACAUUAUGCUAUAUAGAAAGGCAACCAUGGUUAAACAGCUGUUGCAUUUAGCUGUAUCCUCUUCCUCCGAAAACCAAACUAGGAAGCAACCAAGACAGAGAUCCAACAUCUAAACCAAGGCCACCUUUUUCUUGCUACUUAAAUCAUCUGCUCCACCUUGUGCUUAGUUGACUUCACCCUGUUCUUCCCACAGUUCUAGCCAGUCCCCACUCAUCAGGGAGUUGUCUUUCUAGGCUAUAUCGAACCAAGAACACACAUCGAUCAUGUGUGGCAAGACGGACGACGUUCACCUCCACAUGGAACACAACGGUCUACACGGUGGAGAAUUCAGAGGAGGGGUUCGUGCCUUGCUACCCAAACCGCCUCCUUCCACCUCGUCGCGGCCAAACAGCAUGGUCGUCAAGAAGGUGUGCCCACGGGAGUACAUCCCGCCGCACAUCGUGGCGGAAGCCAUCUCGACGCUGCACGGGCUGGACCUGCGGUGGUCGGGGCCCAUCACGCCCAGCGAGCGGCUCUACGUGGAGCAGUACGUGACGGCCAAGUACCCACAGUACUCGCACGGCCUCAUCGAGGACGACAGCUGCGACAAGGACGACCUCUACGCCACCUACUACAGCACCACCACGACGAGCUCGCCGGAGCCCGGGUCCGGCGGCGAGCGGCGGAGGUCGUCGCCGACGGGGUCGCCGACGUCGGCGAGGCCCGACAUCGACAUGGUCCGGCUGGAGCCGUCGCGGCUGCUGGACAUCCUGACAAAGAAGUCGUCGUUUACGGGGAGCUUCAUCUCCAUACCGGAGAUCCAGGCCAGGAACAGGGUGCUCCGCCACUGCGGCCUCACGGAUGAUGAGUACCUCGUGCUCUUCGCCGCCACGCCCAAGGACGCCAUGAUGCUGAUCGGCGAGAGCUACCCAUUCUUCCGGAGCAACUACUACAUGUCGAUCCUGGGCGAGGAGAGCGACUUCAUCCGCGCCUUCGCGGCGUACAAGGAGGCCAAGGUGAUCGCGGCGCCGGAGUCGUGGCUGGACCUCCGCAUCAAGGGCUCCCAGCUCAGCCAGUACUUCCGCCGCAAGUCCAAGCUCGCCCCCAAGGGCCUCUUCGCCUACCCCGCCGUCUCCGCCGCCGCCGCCGCCCCCGACGCUGCCCCGCCACCGGCUCGGUACUCCCUGCACUGGGUCUCCGAGGCGCACCGCAACGCGUGGCACGUGCUCGUGGACGCCACGGCGCUCGUCGUGGGCGAGGACCGGCUCCCGCUGUCGCUGCACCGCCCGGACCUCGUGCUGUGCACGCUCAACGACACGCACGCGCACUCGCAGCAGCCCGCCGCCAGGGUCACCUGCCUGCUCGUCAGGAGAAGGUCCUUCGACACCUCUGCUGCUGCCGCCCCCCUGCAGCAGCAGCAGCAGCAAGCGCAGGCGCAGCAGAAGCAAUGAUGGAUCAGUCCAUCCGUCUCGCUUGUAUUAAUAUUACAGUAAUUAACACCACAAAAAUUAAGUACUUGUACUGGUUAUGUCGAUUGUUGUACAUGUAAGCGGAAACAAUACCAAAGGGAUGCGUUUGGUUUUGAGCCAACCCAACCCAGCCGUAGCAUAUGCCUAUGCUUUUUUUUCAGCCACCUCAUGGGCCGAUGGGCGAGCCAGAGGCUCUGGGAUGCUGAAAUUUUUCACCAAGAAAUUGGCUCCCAAAUCCCUCCCGUGAUUUCAUUUUAUUUUAUUUUUUGGUAAAAAGGCAGGAACUCUGCCGUUCAGUCAACAAUGUAUGUUUAGUCAAGAAGAGAUCAAGUAUAUUUACAAGCUAGCCUUGGUUAAAGGGCAAGGCUAGACGAAA